AUGAGAGAUGUUAGAGCAGCCAUCGCCGUUUCACCCAAUUCAUGUCCAGGCUCAAACUGUAAAAAGGUGAGACGGCGAGGUAAAAAGGGGCGCUACCCGGGAAGAAGCCUCAGCUGGAUCCCUCCUCACCGUAUCAAGGAAGGCUGCAAACAUCUCUCAUCGGUGCGUCCACCUUAAAGCCAAAGAGGACUAGUUGCACCUUUAGCUGCAGGAACGCCGUGGAGAACAAGGCCUGAAGUUGACCACUCCCCCCACUGGUCUUUGAGGAGGGGGGGAGGUACGAGAGGAGGGGAGAAGAAGCUGCUCAACCCAUACUGGAGCAUGGGGCAAAAAGUCCCCGGUGGCAUUAAAACCAUUGAUAUGCGUGACCCAGCGUUCAGCCCUCUGAAAUUGGAGCUCCAGGCUUUGAGUCACACCAAGCCGUCCCGACUGGACUUGCUUCUGGACAUGCCCCCUGCAAGCCUGGACGUCCAGAUCCAACACUCGUGGAACAACGACGACCGCUCCCUCAACGUCUUCGUCAAAGAUGACAACAAGUUGGUGUUUCACCGGCACCCCGUGGCACAGAGCACGGACGCCAUCCGCGGCCGCGUCGGCUACACUAGGGGACUGCACGUGUGGGAAAUAAGCUGGGCCAUGCGCCAGCGGGGCACGCACGCUGUGGUGGGAGUGGCCACCAGUGACGCUCCCCUGCACUCGGUGGGCUACACGGCGUUGGUAGGAAGCAACGCCGAAUCUUGGGGGUGGGACCUGUGCAGGAGUAAACUCUACCACGACGGCAAGAAUCUCCCCGGAAAAACAUACCCAGGCUUCCUGGAGCCGGGAGACACCUUCAUAAUCCCAGACUCCCUGUUGGUGGUCUUGGACAUGGAUGAGGGGACUCUGGGUUACAUAGUGGACGGACAUUAUCUGGGUGUAGCAUUCAGAGGACUUAAAGGCAGGAAGCUGUAUCCAGUGGUGAGCGCCGUAUGGGGACACUGUGAAAUUCGAAUCCGGUACAUAAAUGGACUUGAUCCUGAACCGCUGUCGCUGAUGGACCUGUGUAGACGCUCGGUUAGAGUAGCGCUGGGAAGAGAGCGUCUGAGUGAAAUCCAUAGACUACCCCUGCCAGCGUCCCUCAAGAACUACCUGCUCUACCAAUGACGACGCCGACAGUCUCCAUAUGUUCGUUGCUCCGGGAUUGUCCUUGGGAGGGGGGGGUUUAACCCGUUUGACUGCAUUACGAAAACCUCCAGAAGUGACUCAUCCUCGGCGGUGAUUCAGCAAGUACACUUCUGUCAGCCGUUGAACUCCUUUUGAGUUUAUGUCGUUUUAUAGCUCUUUGCAGCUUUUUGACUUUAUGAAAUCAGGAAUCACUGAGCACUAUGCACACGCUGAUCCGGUUGAUGCAAAGACGGCCGUAAGGCAGACGGUUCGCCUGUCAUAACUGAUCAGUGCCUCUGCUGUGACCUCCGGACUUUGUCUUUUAUGCAUUCCUGUUAUGUAGCUUUUGAAUUUUUAAUUGACCCUGCUCUGAGACAACACUAAAGUCACAAACAUUGAACUUUAAAUGCUAGUAAACUAGUGCAAUUCAAGUCUUUGACCACAAGGUGGCAGCACACUUUUGACAAUGCAUCCUUUGCAGUUGAGAAUUCUAUCAAAAAUCCAGUUUUUAGCAUUGUGGGUUUUAAAUUGAUAAUAUUUAUAGUUCACACAACACGGGAAAA